ACGAGGUAAACACACUACGCCAGUUAGCAGCAAUGGAGACUCUUCGGUGGAAGUGCAAUUGUUUACACUCUCCUCUCGUCCGCUCCCUCCUCCUUCGGGCCCGCAAGAGAGCCUUCAUCCUGCUCGCGUGUGGGGGGUUCCUGCUCUUCCACUCUUGGUUCGGCCUCCAGAGUGGACUCAGGAGGAUAUACCUCGACGAUCGGAUAUUCGAAGGAGACGAUGGAUCCGCAGAGGAAAGUUAUGACGUCACUCAGAGGCUUUUGGACAGGAAGGAAAACCUUUUGCAAAAAUGCAGUGAGAUGGAAGGGAAGCUGGAAAAUAGGAGGGAGGAUAGCGGUUUCAAAAGCAUGGUUAAAGCGAAAUUGUUAUAUAACGCUGAAUACAAACUGAUGGUCUGUGUGGUUACAAAGGCCGGAGCGAGCACGUGGAGGAGGCAUAUGCUGACCCUCCUGGGACUCGACGAGGAGGACAUGCGGCACACCAGAAAAUAUGCAAAAUUAAUCGAAGCAAAUAAGAUGAUAGGCAACCGCGAGAUGAAAGAUGUCCUGCUGAAUCCUCACACGACGUGGGUUAUGAAUACCAGGCACCCGCUGGAGCGUCUUGUGUCCACCUACAGGGAUAAAUUCAUGGACGGGAAUGACCCAGAAGAGGAGAGGUUAAUCGAGUACGUGAAAUGGACGAAGAGAGAUGAGGCUUUUGUCAACAACAGCAUAACCUUCCCUGAGUUCCUGGACGCUGUCGUAUUGGAUAACGAGUGGAACGGCAGGGCGGGCAUGUACCACUACCUGCGGCCGAGUAGCACUGUCUGCAGCCCCUGCGUUCUCUCCUACGAUUACAUCAUCCGCACUGAGACCUUUUCCGAGGACCUGAAUUGCAUCGCCAAUAAAUUACAGCUGGAAGGGAUCGAUCCUGCUCUGCGAGUGAAUAACAAGUCGGGCGGGUCACAUUCUUCGAAGUAUAGGGAGUAUUAUAAGGGUAUUCCUUCCGAGGUGCUGCGGGGAAUCUAUUUCAUUUAUGAGGAGGAUUUCUUUCUCUUCGGCUUCGAUUUGCCGCCUUUCUUGCUGGUGGCUUUACGGGAGUGGUGAAAGUGUGACUGUGGAAAGCCAUGUAGUAUGUCUGCAUAUGUGAUAAACUGGUCUGGUUAUAUUUGUUUUAUUAUGAAAUAUAUUGAGAGUUGCAACUGGUAUUAUCACUUAAAAAAAACAUUCUAUUCGGAACCAAAUGUAGCUUGCAAGCAGCAAAACAUUUGCCAAAAUACCAUGUGCCACUUAUAAGCUAUAUGUUUGUUGAAAAUAAAAUAAAAGGAUACAAGUCCUA